AAUCAAUUGACAAGUAAACAAAUCACUUGACAUGUAAUAGAAAAUUGAAAAGGAAGUCUUCUGUUAAAAAUAUUUCUUUAAAGCCAAUAAUUUCCAAAAUGGAUCUUGUAUCUUUUCCUCUAAACGACUGCCAUGGUUAUUCCGUUAAAUUUUCACCUUUUAUUGAACGAAGAAUUGCCUGUGUAGCUUCUCAAAAUUAUGGACUGUCAGGAUCUGGAUUUCUCUUCGUUCUUGAUUUAAGUCCUACCAACCACUUGACAUUAGCAGUUCAGAGUCAAUGGACUGAUGGGCUUUUCGAUUUAGCAUUUGCUGAAGAUCACCCAGAUAUAAUACUUACAGCAUCAGGUGAUGGAGGAAUCCAAUUGUGGGAUCUUAAAACUCCAGAAGUGCCAAAACUUGUGUGGAAAGAACACUCAAGGGAAGUGUGUUGUCUAGACUGGAAUCAAACCAGACAACAACAGCUAGUUCUGAGCUCUUCGUGGGACAGAAGCAUAAAACUAUGGGAUCCUAAGGGUACAAAGAGUAUUUGCACUUUUUUGGGUCAUUCUGAUCUAGUCUACAAUGUAACUUGGUCCCCACAUUUACCAAAUUGCUUUGCAUCUGUCUCAGGGGAUCAUACUCUAUGUAUCUGGAAUAGCACUAAAUCAGGUCAGCCUGUAGUCAAAUUAACAGCUCAUGCGACAGAAGUAUUAGCGUGUGACUGGUCAAAAUAUGACCGGAACGUCAUCGCAACUGGAGGAGUAGAUGGCAGAAUUAGAGCUUGGGAUUUAAGGAAUACCACUGCUCCAUGCUUUGAACUAAUCGGGCAUGAGUAUGCUGUGAAAAGAUUGCGCUUUUCGCCCCAUCAAGCGCACCUUUUGGCUUCGUGCUCUUACGACAUGACCACGCGUGUCUGGGAUACACGCCGCCUUCAGCCAGAAGUUUUUGCGCAUCACCGCGAAUUUGUCUAUGGACUCGACUUCAGCUGCCUGUCACCCGAUAAAGUAGCUGACUGUUCCUGGGAUCGCACAGUAUCCAUCUACACACCUCCGUCUGUGUUGAACACUGAAUAGAAAAAAUGUUAGAAUUAUUCCCAAAAUCGCCGGUUAUUGUUAUAUUAUUUUUUACAUAUUCGCAAAUUUAAAUUUCCCACUUAAAUGAAUGUGGGAUGUCCUGGAAUAUGUGAAUCAUUUGUUUUAGAACCGUAUUAUGAAAUUUAAUAGAAUUCUAACUUUUCAAGUUA